AUGGCGGCCGGCGUGGCAACGUGGCUGCCGUUUGCGCGGGCUGCGGCGGUGGGAUGGCUGCCGUUGGCCAAGAAGACGAUGCCCAAACCUCCCGUGGACAAGUCGUCCAAAUCCGAUGAGAUCCUGUACGUCAACGUCAGCGGGGUCCGGUUUCAGACAUGGAAGAACACUUUGGACCGUUAUCCAGAGACGCUGCUGGGUUCUUCAGAGAAGGAGUUUUUCUACAACGAGGACACACAGGAGUACUUCUUCGACCGAGACCCCGAAAUGUUCCGGCACAUUCUGAACUUUUACCGCACGGGGAAGCUCCACUACCCGAGAAACGAGUGCAUCCAGGCCUUUGACGAGGAGCUGGCCUUCUACGGCAUCGUGCCGGAGAUCAUCGGAGACUGCUGCAUGGAGGAAUACAGAGACAGGAAGAAGGAGAACCAGGAGCGUCUGGCGGAGGACACGGAGGCCAACGAGGGCCUGGACGCCCCCCUGCCCCCCGACAGCAGCUCCAGGGAGCGUCUGUGGCGGGCCUUCGAGAACCCCCACACCUCCACCAUGGCACUGGUCUUCUACUACGUCACCGGCUUCUUCAUCGCCGUCUCCGUCAUCGCCAACGUGGUGGAGACGGUGCCCUGCCGGCCGCCUAAAGGCAGCGUCAAAGACCUGCCCUGCGGGGAGAAAUACCAGCUGGCCUUCUUCUGCAUGGACACGGCCUGCGUGCUCAUCUUCACCUUCGAGUACCUGAUGCGCCUCUUCGCCGCGCCGAGCCGCUGCAAGUUCAUGCGCUCGGUGAUGUCGGUGAUCGACGUGGUGGCCAUCAUGCCGUACUACAUCGGGCUGGUGAUGCCGGAGAACGAGGACGUGAGCGGCGCCUUCGUCACGCUGCGAGUCUUCCGCGUCUUCCGGAUCUUCAAGUUCUCGCGUCACUCUCAGGGUCUGAGGAUUUUGGGCUACACGCUGAAGAGCUGCGCCUCCGAGCUGGGCUUCCUGCUCUUCUCCCUCACCAUGGCCAUCAUCAUCUUCGCCACCGUCAUGUUCUACGCCGAGAAGGGCACCAAAGAAUCCACCUUCACCUCCAUCCCGGCCUCCUUCUGGUACACCAUCGUCACCAUGACGACACUCGGGUACGGCGACAUGGUUCCCAACACCAUCGCUGGGAAGAUCUUCGGCUCCAUCUGCUCCCUCAGCGGCGUUCUGGUGAUCGCUCUGCCGGUACCCGUCAUAGUGUCCAACUUCAGCCGGAUCUACCACCAGAACCAGAGAGCGGACAAGAUGAGAGCGCAGCAGAAAGUGCGCAUGGCUCGGAUCCGCAUGGCGAAGAAAGGAGCAGCCAACGCCUUCCUCCAGUACAAAGAAGACCGAAACCUCGGGGACCGAGACAGUGACAGCACGGCUCUGUGUGUGAAGAACAGAUCAGCGUUCGAGCAUCAACACAACCACCUUCUUCACUGUCUGGAGAAGACGACGAACCACGAGUUCACCAACGAGAUGAACUACAGCGAGCUGUGUAUGACGGAGUCGGUGGGCUACAGGACCAGUCGCAGCACUUCCCUGUCCAGCCAGCAGGGGGCGCAGAACAACUCCACCGGCUGCUGCCCCCGCCGGGCCAGGAGGAGAGCCGCCAUGCGCCUGGCCAACUCCACGGUGUCCGUCAGCCGGGGGAGCGUCCAGGAGCUGGACACCCUGCACAUCAAGUCCACCUCCAUAACUCCACAAACUCGUUCCAGUCUGAACGCCCAGAUGAGUGACCUGAAGCUGAACUGCGGGGAUCAAGAUUUCACCGCCGCCAUCAUCAGCAUUCCAACGCCGCCUGCCAACACGCCCGACGAGAGCCUGCCGCCAUCGCACGCCCCCAUCCCCGGCAUCCUGCGCAACAGCCAGGCCACCGCCUACACCCACGACACCUUCAAAAUCUCCUCCUUAUAA